AUGACAUUAAUCCCUUUCACACGGGUUCGCGAUCACGGAUUCUUGACGGAAGAGGAGGCUCAUUUCCUCACGACACGCGACCGCAACAACAAGAUGAAGUUCAAAGACGUCACGAUUAUCGAGCCGUCGUUGCGACGGGAGAAAGUGAAGCUGAGCAGAUGGGAUAUGAACAAGGGUAACGGCAAGAAAUACGUGUUCCAAUUACUUAAUAAACGAAAAUGGAGACACGUUGUCGAGAGGAAUCGUCUUGAACCCGGGGAUGUGGUUCAGUUAUGGUCUUUUCGGAUCGAUCAAGAGUUGCAUUUUGCUCUUGUCAAGCUCCCAGGUAGCACUAUUAUCUUUCGCAGGAAUGAGUUAGGAAUGAGUUCCUUAGUGCUCAACUGA